ACAGGAAUGGAGGAAAAAUAUCUGCAAAUAGCAAGACAAAGAAACAAAAUGCAAAAAAGAAUUCCCAAUUAUGUUCCAUUUCCUUGUAAUGUGACAGAUAGUCGGUCGCCAGAAGUGCCAGAAUCGGUGCAUAAAUUAAGACCAGGUGAUAUUGAUGUCAUUGCUGCGAUGGGUGAUUCUCUUACAGCUGGAGCUGGAAUUUUUGCAGACAACGUGCUUCAAGUCGCCAUAGAAAACAGAGGAGUUACUGCGGCUGGUGGAGGCCAAGGCACGUGGAGAGAAUAUUUAACUCUUCCCAACAUAAUUAAG